AUGAGUGGAUGCAAAAAACGUACAAGUGCUGAUGGCCUUGAAGCGUCGAUAUUCCAAGCCAUCAAAAAUGUCGAGUUGACAUUACAAGGCAGUGAUAAGCGUAACCAUGUAUCAAAAGUGAUACACACCUCAUCAGCAGUGGUGACAGGCUCAUCUGGUCAUUAUGAAUCACUUGAAAGAGAGAAAAACGAUGACGAUGAUUAUUUAUGCAAACAAAAUAACUUCUUCGUCUCACAAUCAAGUCAAUCUUCAGAAGAACAUAAUCAUAAAAUACCAUUUUUAUCAUCGAAUCAACAAGGACAACAACAUUCGUCUGUUUUAACACCUAAUCAAAUAAACACAAACGGAACUCAGUCAACUAAGUUAACGUAG